GGCAAUGGCUGCAUUGUGGGCAGGCUGGGGAUGAAGUUGUGUCUGGAACCCGAGCGCUGGUGUUCGGGGAGGCUGAUGAUGUCCAGGGUCACUCUCCAGUGCAGGAGCAGGACAUAAGGCACUCGACCUACAGUGCAAGGAUGCCCCGGACCCACUUGCUGCAUGCGUGAUGUUUCAUUCCCCACUUUGUGACCAGACAGCAGGCUCGGGAAACGCCGAGGACUUCGCAACUUUACGAUGACUUGAGGCAUUAACGCUGUUCUCUCUGCGCCUGGCCUGCUGCAUCUUUAAAGGAUGAUCUGUUUUUAGUUUAAUCAAGUUAGCUCUUGUUCUCCUGCUGGAGUGGAUCGCGCAAUUGUGCAUUUACUGAGUGAGCUCCGUGUCAUGAAAUUCAGUGUCUGGCUUCUCCUGUUUACUGCACUCAGCCACACUCUGCACAGUUCAGCAAGGGCGGGUACGAUGCAUCCGCUGACGAAUGCUUCCAAGUUACUUUCACCCAUGUUCCAGGUGAAGAGAAGAAUUGGAAAGGGGUUGCAAGAACUUCCGAGUACAAGUUCUCUCCAUUUACUGGAGCAGAACGAACCUCCUGGACGUGGGUGCAGGAACCAGCUGUAUGUGCCCCUCGCUGAUCUUGGCACUGAUCAGAAGUGUUUGGAUGAUCAGAGCUCCCUGCAGCAUGAACUGACGGCAGAUUCCUCCGGUGUAAAGUUGUAUGGCAGCGCACACACACAUCUAGAGUUAGGGAUUUUAUCACAGGAGCACCACAACCAUCCUCUGUCUUCAGCAGCCUCAGGCAGCAUGUGGAGCCAAUCAGUGUUCUUCUCACUUCUGACAUGGAGCAAGCCAGUUGAGUCCCCAAGGAAAAGGGAAUUACCUCAGUCCCUAUUGAAGAACGAAAACACGGGGAGGAGUCCAGGAUCUUCGGCUUUCAACCUGACUUUUCAGAAAUGUGCAGAGGUGAAUGGAAAAACGUUGACUGUAAAACUGAUGAUAAACAAUUUGGACGUUCAGUCUGCAUUUAAUGUUUCUCAGUUGACUAUCCAGGAUUCUAUUAAUGUUCUCAGCAUUCUGGAUAAUACUGGAAAUGAAACUGAAAUGGGGUUCCAGACAUACACCAAAGAAUCUCUCCAAGCAGGUGAACACUACAUAAUAAACUAUACUGCAGUAUUAAAGGCUGGUGAGCCUGAGGAAGAGAGGAACAUUUCACUACCAGCUUACCUCACCAUUGGCAGUAGAACACAGGGUAGUCAAAUACAGAUCGGACCUCUUAAGGCAGAUUUCAUAUUGAUGAUGAAAGCAGCUACUCAGGUUUCUCUGAAUCAUGGCUUCCACUUUGCUGGAUUUAUUAUUGCGUUCAUUGUUUCUUUUGCCAUGGUAUGUUUAAUUCUCAUCACCAUCUUCCAUGUCAGGAGGAUAACUGACAGGAACCCUUCUCUCCGGCGGGUAAAAAGAAGGCACUCAGAUGCUAGUUCCUCAGUAACUGAUGAUGGAGCAGAGUGCUUAAAGAAAAACAUCCGACUCCAGGACAGAGUGAUUGACAUUUUGCUACUUGAAGACCCACAGAACAUGACUCAUGCCUUGGAUGACUUAUAUGUCUCGAAUAUAAUACAAUUGGAUACAGUUCUGGAAUAUCAUCGAAAAAGAAUGAACUUGAAUGCAAUUGUGUUGUUGCUCAGGAAUUUCAAGCACAACAAAGACCUUUCACCAUUUUUAGAAGAAAGAUUCAACAUGGUUUUCAGAGCACAGUUUGAACAGGUGGAGAACAGUCUGAAUACGGAGCAUACAGAAAUGUUGGCCAUAUUAGCAGCUCAAAGUAACCAAGAGACCAGGCAUAAAAUGGAAGCUCUUUAUAGGAAACAGGAACAAGAGGACAAAGAAGCUGAGCUACUCAUGCAGAAUGUGGAAGACGAGGUUGCCUCUCAGUGGAGGAAGGAUCUGGAACAAUUGCACAUGUUGGAGCAGCAGCAGUUAAAGUCCUUGAUGUCAGUGACACAUGAAGAAGCUUCUGCAAAUGCCCAAAGGGAGAUGGUGGUACGCCUGAGGCAGGCAUUCCAAAAGGGUGUCUAUGACCAGCUGAAGGAGGUCACCAGGCUGGAGGAAUUAGAUGCAACUUCAGGCAGACAACUUCUGCAAGAAAGCUGGCAUAUUCAGUUUCAGUUGGAGAUUCUGAUGGACCAACAACUGGCAUUCCAGAGAAAACUGCUGGAGGAGAGUCUUGCUAUUAAGAGAAAUCUAGUGAAAAGGAUACAAUGCGGUGUUGAUCACAGAAGGUAUCUCCUGAACACAGCUGCCCUGCACAUUGCAGACCUCAUCAGACUGGUGAAAAAUGCUGGUUAUUUGACAGAAGGUCAAGUGGAGUCACUGUUGGAGAUGGUGCACCAAGAAAUUCUGGUUGUGAAGCUCAGGCUGGAUGAAGUCAUGGAUCAAGAGAAGAAACUAAUGCAACACAAGCUGGUCAGUGAGAGAAGGAAGCACAUUGUCAGAAGAAUUGGUGAGCAUGAACGUCAAGAAAAGGAGCUGGCAUCUCUUCUCAAUACCUCUGGAGAAAGAACAUACUGUCAUAACAAAUACCUCAUGGACUGGCAUGAACUAUUAAAGAAACAAGCUGUAGAACUCGGAGAAUUGGUGGAGAAAUUGGAUGAAGAUGCAUUAGAUCAACUGGAAGUGCUCAGGGAGCAACUUACCAAAGACAUCUCGCUGAGAAUUAAAAAAAUCCACACUGAGAUUGCCCAGAAGUUGCUCAACUUUGGUGUUCCGAAGGACUACUUAAAACAAAUGGCAGACAGCCAGGAGAAAGAAACAAAUCUUCUGCACGAAAAGCAAAUGAAACAAGAGGAAAAUGAAAAGCAUAAAGCUAACGAAUCCCUGGAGAAAGUUAGGGAGGAAUUAUCCAAUCAGCUUCAGUCAGAGAUUGAAGAACAAAAAUUCUUACGGCUUCAGAAACAUUUGCUCUUGCAGAACAUGAUGAAGACCGUCCUCGUAUUAUCAGAGGAGGAACUUCAGCAAAUGAUGCAGAGCUUUCUUGACGUUUUCUGUCAAAUGGAUAAAAGCCUGGCUCUCCCUAAGCUGCGUGAAAGAUCCAUCCUCCAAGCCCAUAUGACUGACCGGAGGAAAGCAAAGAUGGAAAAGCUUGAGCUGAGGUGGAGAAAACAGGACAAACUAAAAGCCAAGGAACAAGGACAUGGUGAUCAGGUGAAAGUGGUGGUGCUACAGGAGCGUAUAAGACGCAAAAUUAAAUUGUAUGAUGGUGAAGCAGAAAGAGCUGCCGAAGAAGUCAAUAAGAUUUGUGCUGAGCUGUUUCACCAGAGAGCUAAUCAGAUGAAGGAUCUGGAAGAAAACUUAGGAGUCUGCAUGGCUUCGAUUCAGCUUUGCAGAGCUGAGAGGCAAGUGAGAUCCCUGGAGACUCAUACUGCAAUCCUCAACUUGCAGGCUCUGCUCUUGGAAGAAAUGGCCACAGCAGGGUUACAGUGCGAGCCAGCAUGCAACCAGGUUGUUCAGGAGCACAUUUCUAAUCUAGAGCAAAUUAUCCACUUGCAUUCAGAUAAACUGCAGCAUGAGCUUACUGUUGGGACUGAACAAACUGAAUGGAACAACUGGGUAGAGAUGCAAAGCAGACCUCUCACUGAAGAAAAUACAGCACAGUGCAGCAGUCAGAUGUUAAUCUGUCUAUACCAGGCUAUGUCUAAGUGUAAAGACACAGUGGAAGCAGAGUCUCAAAGAUUAAGAGAUGAAGGUAGAAAUAGUCAAUUACUAGAAGAUGUCAAAGGGCAACUGGUGGUAAAGACACUGCUGAGUCUUCAAGAUCAGGAGCUGAAGCUGGUUGCUUAUCUAAUACAGCAACUGAGUAUACCAGUGGGUGUAUGUCGAGCCCUGCUAAAUCUGCUUCUUCCCAAUGCCAUCCAGGAAGAAUUAACUCUGUUUGUAAAUAGGAUCUAUGCUGAGAGAAAUGUUAGCAGUGGGAUAAACAAGGAUAAAAUGGAUAAGCAGAGAAAGAGGAAGCUUUGGGAAUCAUUGGAGCUAAAACUGAGGAACAAGCUCAUUGGUGAAAACCUGGGGAAUAUGAAUGUUCCCUGCAGCAGGAAAGGAAGCAUUUUGAAGAAGAAACGUCUGCAGCUCUUGAAACAGGUGUCUUUUUCUCAAAGCCAUGGUUCCUCUGAAUUCCCCCCUGAUGACUCUCCUGAACCAAUUAACGAAGGAGCAGGACAAAUGUUAAAGAUGGCAGAUACAGGAGAGAAAGUCUUUGUGUUCCGGAUCAAGAAGGAAGAGCCUUGUUCUUCAGACCUUCCACCAAAGAAGAAAAAACGCAACUUCCUAAAUUUUAAAAGAUCAGCUGUAGCAAACUUGGAUGAACUUUAAAUUACCUAAUUUAAGGUCAUCAUUACUUUGAAAUCUACAAUUAGAAUUAUGAACCAUUUAACCUCUAUGGUACUAAUGCAGUAUUUAAAGUGAGUGGUUUGACAGUGUUGCAGUUACAUUGACCUAAUCAUUUUUGUAAUACAGAAAUGGCCAAUUUUGAUCACCUUUUGUGCACUUUCCGUUUUGAUGUACUUACUAAUGGCCAUUAAGCUCCCACUCUUGGCUAGUUUGGUUUGUUUUGCUAUUUUUUCUUUAACUCUAUGAUGAUGAUUCCUAAUUUCUCCCUUUAUUUGGUUACUAAACCAAAUCCUAAUUAGAAUAAGCCACUAUUUUUGUUCUGAGCAUGCUCGUUUGUUUUGGCUUAUGACUAUGUUGUGAACAAUCAAUAUAAAGAAAAGAUAUUUUUAUUCCUCUCUUUUUGUUUUGCUCCACUUUUGAGGGUUAGAAAAUCAAUCAAUGCUAAAUACAAAUGAAUGGUCUGCCAUCAUUUCUACUUACCAUGUCACCAUUUUGCUUAUUAUUUUACAAAACAACUUUUAAAUUUGAUUUUUUUCCUUUGAGGGUCAAGAAGGCUGAGAAAGUAUAAUAUACCAAUGAGGUUGCAUAAAACAUUUUUAUAUUGUUUGAUUAAUUCUAAAAUGUAAAAUAUUUAACGUUUGUGAAAAUUAUAAAUAUUUGGUGAUGUGAUUAUUUUUCAGUGUUCAAUGAAUCUCUCUGCUGAUACUCUUAUACUUUUAACAGAGUUAAUUGUCAGCUUGCUUGAGAUGAAGUUGUCACCCAGAAAUUGUUUUUGCUUUCUGAUUAUUCAGAAGGACAUCCAGGUGAAUGGAAAUAAAAAUGUAACAAGCCCUGAAACAUCUGAAUGGGCAGUAGUUAGUUGGGACCUCUGUCAGCCCUCUUUCAGUGCCUGGCUAUUCAGGGUGAUUGAACAAUUCCCUCUCCCAUUUCUCCUUCAGGCUCCAUCACCAUGACUCCUUUUGUGGUUCUGAUGUAGGGUCCUGGACAUGAAGCGUUAACUGUUGCUCUUUCCACAGAGCCUGCCUGACCUGAUGAAUGUUUCUGGUAUUUUCUAUUUUUGUUUCAUAGUUCUUUUGCCUUGGUAAUCACUAUAUUUCAACAGCAAUAACAAUUACAACUGGGAUUUAUACAACACCUGGAUAGAGUGGACAUGGAGAGGAUGCUUCCAGUACUGGGAGAGUCUACGACCAGAGGGCACAGCCUCAGAAUAGAAGGAUGUCAGAACAGAGAUGAGGAGGAAUUUCUUGAGCCAGAGGGUGAUGAAUAUGUGGAAUUCAUUGCCACUGAUGACUGUGGAGGCCAAGUCACUGGGUAUAUUUAAAGCAGAAGUUGAUAGGUUCUUUAUUAGUAAGGGCUCCAAAGAUUACAGGGAAUAGGCAGGAGAAUGGGUUGCGAGGGAAAAAUAAAUCAACCAUGAUUGAAUGGCAGAACAGACUCAAUGGGCCAAAUGGCCUAAUUCUGCUCCUAGUCUUAUGGUCUAUCAGCUGAUGACAAGUUACUUCACUGUUCUCCUUUCUCCACUGACACUGGGGUGCUUCCAUAUUUUCUGUGUGUAAUUUACUGCUGUACAACACAAACUAUUCUACUCACCUCAUGCCGCUCCCCCUGUGCCAAAGGCUUCGAGUCCAUCAUCUACCCAUUUUAGUUUAUAAAUGUUGGUAUAUCCCACUAACUGUUCAAAAUAUAGCCAGGUGUUUUGGCAGUAUCUUGGUGAAUACUGAUGCUGCAAUCCACCCGUCUCUGCAGAUUGACACUUCUGACAGUACAACUGUUGUGACACUUUAAAAAAAAUCUCCUGAAGUGUUGGGUUCUAAAUACCAGUGAGAUCUGAUAAGAGGUUUAUAAGAUUAUGAGAGGCACAAAUACGAGCAGAUGCAGAGAUUAAACACAAGAACCCAAGUUUUAAAAAAGUCCAGUGCCCAGGUGAAGGGUCUCAACCCGAAACGUCGACUGUCCAUUUCACUCCACAGAUGCUGCUCGACCGCUGAGUUCCUCCAGCAUUUUGUUUGUUACUCCAGAUUCCAGCAUCUGCAGUCUCUCUUGUGUCUCCUCUUUAUAAAAACCAAGGUGCAUUGUAUACCUUUGUCAAGACAAACUGAGGUAGAAUCGAUCUCCUUUCCUGGAUAGGUGUAUGGUACAUCCUAUGUAGUAGGAAAUACAUCUUUCAUAUCUCCAGUAUCGAUUGUUAGUGUGGGCUUGUCAACUUGAAUGUCUUUUUAC